CGCAAACCGCGCAAGCGAUCGUCGAGCGUGGACCGUCCAUUUUGCAUUGGCGAUUAUUGUUGCCUGUCAAGUUUUGGCUUUGUGGUCGUGCGUCGGUGCUGUGAUCCUAGCGUGUCGUCAGCGUCGACCGUGGGGUUAGAGCUCGGAGGAUGCAAACAAGUGGCUGAGCGGCCGGCGAAUGUCUUGGCAGCGCGCCCGGCGACCGCCGGCGAUGCGGCGGCGUCCGUCCGCGGCUUCAAAAUGGUCGCUGGCGACCGGACGGCGCCGUUGUUAGGAGCGGAGCGUGCUCUGGAUUUCGUCUGAUCUGCGCCCGUCGCGUCUCCUCGCAAGAAUUUCGUGAGCCUCUGCGGCCGCCGGCUGCAAGUGUGUGCGCGGCGACACCUCUUGGCGUGCACAGCCGUGGAUUACGAGUGUGCGCGGAAUAGUCGGCUUCAUUUGUUGUGUCCGCGCGUCGUCUGCUGGUGACGCAUCGAUUCCGAGGUCCAGCGGCGUGAUAUUUGAACUUCCGACUGCCAGUACCCGAUGCCGGAGGGACCGAGUAUGGAGCGGAUGACGCGCCAGCUGCUGAUGGAGGACGAGGCGCCUCCGUUUAGACUUACGUGAGGAGUGCAGCUGAGGCUGCAGUAGCAGCUGGGCUGACAGCGACGGCCCGUUGGCCUGGCCAUGUCCCUCUGGUCGGGGGACGUCCAUGGUGGGAUCCAGCUGCCACCCAACUACAAGAUGUCACACGACAACGAAUCCGUCAAAUCAGGCCCUAGUGAGCGGUCGCGGAGGUCCUCGUCCUCUAGGCACCACAACCACAGCAACAACAUCCAGAACCACCACCAGCAGCACCACCAACAGCGGCAGCAGCAGAAACAAGACGACGGCCCGCAGCAUUCGUACCGUGCCAGCCGAAGGCAUUCGCAUCGCUCCACUAGGUCAUGUCCCACACAGGUUAAGGUUGGUGGGGACCGCAGGGAUGAGGUCAUCGAGGUACAGAUCCUCCCACAGGAUGACAACUGGGGCGACAACACAACGGCCAUCACGGGAAACACGAGCGAGCGCUCAAUCAGCGCUGAGGACGUGUCGAGACUUGGCCGGGAACCUGAAGGCACACCCGGAGGCUUCUUUCGCUGUCAUAUGUGGGCGGGGACCGUGCUGACGAGCAUCCUGUCCUUAGCGGCAUUCCUCUCCCCUAUAGUGAUGGUGGCACUACCACGAAUCGAGAUGCUGGAGUGGAAAGUGCAGAAGUGUGGACCGGAGUGCGACGGCCUCCUCAUCAGCUUUGCCUUCAAGCUUCUCAUCCUUGCGGUCGCCACUUGGGCCCUGUUCGUUCGACGGCCGCGGGCGACAAUGCCGCGCAUAUUCAUCCUGAGGGCAGUGGUGCUGGCCCUUGUCUUUGUAUUCAUCUUCUCGUACUGGCUUUUCUUCUGCGUCCGCAUCUACGAGCGACGUCACCAGGACUACGAGUUGACGUACCUGAGCAUAGUGCAGUUUGCUCUGUCCCUGGUGGACUCGCUCCUCUUCAUUCACUACAUGGCCGUCAUCCUCGUAGAAAUACGGCAGCUGCAGCCGCAGUACUAUGUGAAGAUUGUGCGGUCUCCCGACGGGCAGAGCAGGAGCUACGCGGUCGGGCAGCUCAGCAUACAGAGGGCAGCGGUGUGGAUGCUCGAGAAGUACUAUCAGGAUUUUCCAAUUUACAACCCUUACCUGGAAACUGUUCCAAGUCGCCACCGAAAGCAACAACAGCAGCAGCAGGCUUUCAAGGUCUACGAUGUUGAUGGCGUCGCAGAAGAAGACCAAGCUCCACUAAACCAGACGGUUCUGCCUGGAAGGCGAUCAGGCCACAAUGAUCGGUUUUACGAGGAGUACGAAUAUGAGCGGAGGGUGCGGAAGCGCAGGGCCAGGCUUAUUUCAGCAGCCGAAGAGGCGUUUACUCACAUCAAGCGGAUGCAGGAUGAAAAUGGGCCAGCCAUUCCAAUGGACCCAACAGAGGCUGCGCAGGCCAUCUUUCCAUCCAUGGCCCGUGCUCUGCAGAAGUACCUGCGUAUCACCCGCCAGCAACCCCGCCACACUAUGCAGGGGAUUCUGGAGCACCUGUCUCAGUGCCUUCACUACGACCUCAGCCCGAAGGCCUUCCUCGAAAAGUACCUCCAGUCGACUCCCGUGCUCCAGGAUGACCGGGAGCUGCGCCCAGUCCAAACAUGGGCGCUCGUCUGUGAUGUGCUCCUCUCGCGGCCGCUGAAGCCAGGCGUCACGUUCCUCCUCAGGCAAGGCGAAGUGUCCUUGCUGGUCAGCAUUCACGCCCUGCCCCACUUCAACGUCACUGAGGAGAUUGUGGACCCGAAGUCCAACCGCUUUGUGCUUCGGCUGAACUCGGAGACUUCAGUGUGACGCCAGAUGUGACUGACGUGCCCCGGUCAGUCAGCUUAUCUGAGAGAGAAAAAAAAAGACUCGAGCAGACGUCAACUCCGAGACGUUGUGACGCCAGGCACGACAGACGUGCCCAGGUCAACCAGACGCUCUGCAAGAAAAGCUUGAGCAGCAGUGUUUGUCAGCUAAGAGACGUCGGUGUGAUGUUUGUGACAGACACGUGCCCUGGUCAAUCAGAGAUUUUUUGUAAGAAACACUCUGUCACCAAUGUCCGAGGGACGAGUGCCAGAGAGACGGUGCCGUGUGUUGUACGUGCGGGUGACCAGGCUGAAAGUGUUGCAUGCUGAUGUGACGUGUUGCUGUUCAGCCUGUGAUCUCUUUCCUAAACAUUGGACGCCUGCUUGAACCUAAAAUGUAUGUUUCCUGGUGAAAGCAUCGAACAAGCCUGGAUGGUUUACAACACUAUUGCAUAUCAAGCCAUCUUGGUAAACUUGUUGCAGUUUGGAAUUACACUGUACAAUGUCAGGCCACAAAAACUGCCCAGCUGGCUCAGAACAAUUACACGAAGUGUGCAUCAUUUUGCAAAAAAAUAUAUAUAUUAGAUUUUUUUUAUUUGAAGUUACUGUUUUCAGCCGAAGAAUGCUGUAAAAGCUGCCAAUAGGGCACCUGUGAGCGCUCUUAGUUCUGUUUUGUUAACACGCUUUCCUAAUUUUAAAUUUUCAAGGUAGUUGUAAAGGAAGCCACUUAAAUCACAUGUACGCUGGAUUUGGAAUUUCUUGAAUCACAUGCUUUCGCAGUCGUCACUGUACUCGUAUGUAACAACAUGAUAGAUAAAGACGCUUGCAUUUUGGGGUAUGCAAAUAUCCGAAACUUUUGAAUAAUGAAUUGAAUAGUGACCACUUCGGUCAGUGAAUUGAAUAGUCACUAUUUGUAAAUGCAAACAUUUUUCAAAUAGUUUUUGAAUAUUUGAAAAUGUUAACGUCCUCUAUGGCGGGGUCAGAGGGAUGCUGGUCGGAGGUGCCACUGCGUGAUUUGGCACGCUGCUGUACGUGAGCAUUGUUGGAGUGUAGCAUGUUCGAAUUAUCCGUCACAAAUGUCUGCGCGUACGAAUUACCGGGCAUUUUUGCUCCUUAUAAUACACAUAACUUUGACAGCACUACAGCAUCAGUUCGAAUAAACUGAAAGUUUGAAUUAAACAUCUUCAAAUUGACGAGAUUCGACUAUAAUUGUGAUAAUGGCUGUUCAUUAUUCAGAAACUGUUCAGAAACUAAUCAAUUUGAUUUCAUUGGCUACAGGCUCUAUUCAAUUCGAACUCAAAAAUCACUAUUUGCACACCCCUACUUGCCUUAGUUGCACAUAAGUUGCAGAGCAAAAAAAAAACGCACAACUGGGACUGCCUAAAGCUACUUAAGUAACAAAAUUAUGUUUAAUGCUGCUCAAAAACAAACUGAUAUUGUGGACCAAGUCCUUUCUAUAGUUCCAGAAAAUACAGUUGUGAAUUUCAAGACAUGUUUAAUAUGUUCAUGUACCUAUUGCUCUUACAGGUUUGAUCAGCUGUCAAGGUGCAGUGUUAUUUUGGCAUGUGAUGUGAUGGGUUACAUUAGCUGACAACUACAAAAAAAUUUUAUGCUUUGUAAUGGUAUCAUUCAUCAGCGUCAGUUUUGCUACAUUUCUCAGCAGCAUGUGUUGUGUCAUCUUCUCCCCCCGAUUGUUACAGCUGGUACAGCGACAAUCUUUUCACUGGGAGUUAAACAACUUUUAAAAUUUUUCAAGCGACAGAACAUGCAUCACAAUGCUCUGCAACUGCGAUAAGCUAUUCUAGUAUGCCUCUGAACACACCUGAGGAAAUUAUAUCUCCUUUGUAUUGAACCAUUAUCUGUUGCAUACAUAGCAUGCGGUGCUAUGAAGGCUAGAUAGACGUCUCUCCAUGCUCGCAUUCCUGAUUCGCAAGCAAAAUUUAUUUUGCCACAUACAAAGAAAAGAUAUAGUUAUAACUUAAGUACUCUUUUUUCACAAGAUAUGAUUUAGCUAUUACAGGAAAGGCAUUGCAGAUAUGAAACUAUUUACCAGCGAAUGAGCAGUGUGAUACGUUUCUACAAUAGUAUGCCGCAUACUAUAAGUGUAAGGGGGCACAAAUAAUUUGCGAUUUGACAUAACAUUACUGCCACAAGUUGUAAUGUAUAUAAAGUAAUUAUACCAUGUGAACUGCCGAUUAUAAAAGAACGACUGCGCUGCGAAAUUCAUGGGCUAAGAUUGUGACUACACUACUUGCGUAGCUUCUGUGGCAUUGCCUGCUAAGCAUGAGACGGAGCUCAGUAAUUUGGUUAUAGUGCUAAGGAAGACGAAAAUAAAACACGAACUGCACAGAAUGGGCCCUGGUUGUGUCUGUCGUCUUUCUUAGCAGUGUAACUGUUUCAUAACGCAGUAAUCAGGUAGCCCGGCUUCCAGCAGAGUAUAGUAAGUUCAUCACUUCAGUUUUUUAAGUGUGUGAUAAAGGUAGCUCUUUGUAGCAGUAGUGAACAGAGCUAUUCAUGCCAUGUAACUGCGGGCUUUCAAGCUGCCCGCAUUUAGCCAGGUUGCAGGCACGUUUCAUGCGAACUCAAAUUGCACUCAUGGCCUGUCACUCUUUACAUGACGUAUAAGUAGUUCUGUGUGGCAGCUGUCUUUGUGUGUUGUGCUAUUUGCCAGUGUGGAGUACAUGUGAGUGACAUAAAUGUAUAUUAUGAAAAUGCACAUGUAUGUAUAUAUAUAGCCAAAGGAUUGCUUUCCUCGCCAGGGAGCAACGAAGUGCUUAGAAUGCAGAAGUGAAAUGUAGUGAGCAGUUGGCAAUAACACCAUCUCAGCAGAAAGGUGGCCCGUAACAUCCUGCCGCCUUCAUUUUUUUCUGUGAGUUGCUUUCAAUUCAUGCAAUGCCAAAUUGCCCUACGCAGCUGCUCCCCAGCAAUGCCAUGUUUAUUUAUUCCGCAUUUACAAAUUCAACAUGCAACGGUGAUGCUGAUGCUCCAUUUCUGUUUGUUUUCUUCGUGACCGUUAUUGAAAUGCAAAGUAAAACUAAAGGUGUAGGAGAAGGAAAGCCACAAGAAAAAUUUUUAAGUUUUUAUAUGCUUGAUAAAAAUUGCAAAAAAAAAAAUUCUGCACAUCUCACUUUGUUUUGCAUGUUAACCAUCCCAUGAGAGAGUAAAAAGAAUAUUUCCUAAAGCCCUUGCAAGUACACUAAAAAGGAAUUUUUUAAGAAUAAUUGUAUCGUAAGUCAAAUGAGCAAUGUCUGACCCCGUGUGUCAGCGAUUAUAGCUUGUGGUAUUUUUUUUGCCAUGCAGCUUCUAUGCCAUGCUUAAGAAAAGCAUCAAUAUCAUGCAUAUUUAAUCCUAGGAAAGAUCAGGGAUCCAGUCGUGUGGCAUUUUAAACAUAAGACACGUAAGGACAUUGUAAAGUAUGCGUAUGAUUUCUAAUAUUUUUCAGCAUUGCUAAUUAUGUUUGAAACUGGAAGCACAAAAUGCGUGCUUUGUAAAUGGGCAUCGUUUCAAUUUUCGGAAGUUGCAUCAUGCCGUCUUGUGUUGACAGCAAAGUCAUUCACGUUUGACUGAGGUGGAACCACUAUGUUUAGGUCACACUAUUUUCCCCGAAUACUCAGUACGUGCCACAAUUUUAUUUUCCCACUUGUUCUUUCGAACUUUUUUCAUCCUUUCUUUUAAGGCUCACUGACCACAACAUUUCAGGGAUAUGUCUGCUAUGACAACAGCAGUUUUACUGUGUCAGUGCAAUUGCCAUAUUGAUGUCUAGCACAUUUAGACCUAAUUAAAUGCGCACAUAUGAUAUCAGUGGUGCACAGUUUGUAAAUUUUGCUCUCGUGGUGUCACACGGAUGACGACUUGCAAACGUUGGGGUACAGGCUGCCAUAGGUAAAAGCUUACUAUUCUUUUGUACUCUACAGAUUUCAACUGUAGCGAUAGCAAAAGCAAAAUGCCAUGUUAUGGUAGAACAUGUAACUGCAGGAACGUAGUGAUUUGAAGACAGCAAUAUGUACAUAUGAUGUAGCAAGGUAUUUCCAUUCAUUCCUUCAAAUGAAGGAAUAUGGUCAAUGGCAACCUAAAGAUGCUUUGGCAAAUGCACUGCUGUUCAAACCAGAAAAUUUGUAUAGAUGCGUGCCCCAGCCAGUUGCAUUUUCUCAUUCCCUUGACAUCACGAUGGGGGCAGACUUCUUUUAAUAUUGGCAUCUCUCAGGAGCUAUGUCUAUAGAAGCGUGGAGGCACAUACGGCAGAUACCGUGCAGCUUUGUGGGCAGAAUUUGUCCUGAAUUUUUAGGUUGUCACUGUGUGCCAGUGUUCUGUGUCACCUCCAUGUUCCUCAAGUGCUGGAACUUCAGCAUGAGUUGCGCAAGUUCAUAUUUGGCAGUUUUGCAAGAAGCAUUACUGCAUGAAAACUUAAAAGUAUGGUGAAAGUCAACUGUGAUUUUCAUUUUCAAUGCCACAGAAUUCAAAAGUGCCCCAUUUAUGCUGUCACUGAACCGAUAUGACUGAAAUUUACUGCAUAUAAAAGAAAGUGUUAUAAAUUCUGGUGACUGUUGUUAGCAGGUUGUUUAUUUUGAUAGAUGUUUUGCAAAAACUCACAAGAAUUGGUAAAUCAACGAAAAAAAAUAGGAAGCUGCAUCAUAAUGUGUGCCUAUUUGUGUUAUAGUGGAAAUACAUAUCACAAUUUUGUGAAUAGUUGAUUGAGCAUUUAGAGUGGUCAAAAUCAAAAUGUUCAUUUAAAAAUUGCUUUGCUUUGCCUAUCUUUGCACACUUCAACUUUGCUUAUGCGACUUUUGCAAGUGUUCUAUUAAGAAAAAUGGAGCACUUCGCAUGAUCAUGUGAACAUAAAUUCUGUCUACUUUGGAUGCUCUAAACAUGUUAUUUGCAAUGUGGCAGCAUCUGCGAUUCUUGUGGCUUUCUGAAGUUGUAAACAUUAGUGUAAUUUGCCUUUUUAAGUUAUUUUUGGUUUGUUAAUUUUUUUUAUUUCUCAAAGCAUGAAUUAAAAGAUCAGCUCUGAACAGUCACUAGAGUGUUGCAGAAAUGAAUUAUUUAAAUCAGUUCAGCAGUUUCCAAAUGAAGACUGUGUGUAUCCGUGUCUCGCAUGCUUUCAGAUUGGAAGGGUAGUUAUGAUGUUAAAACCUUCUCUUUAAAGAUGCAAGCAAUUCCUCCCGCAUGUAGGCAAUCACCUCCUGUAGUGCGAUGUUCUCAGCUCCCAACCUGUUGUUGUAUUGCAUGUAUCUGGUACGAACAUCUACAUCCUGCAGCCAUUCAGGUGUAGAAAGCACACUGCCUCUUGGAAAGGAUGCAAUAAAUGGAUAUGAUUAUUCUUGA